GGGCAGAGGACAGGGGUCAAUGCUGGCAGGAUAGACGAUAGGGGUCACUGCUGGCAGGGCAGAGGACAGGGGUCAUUGCUGGCAGGGCAAAAGACAUGGGUCAUUGCUGGCAGGGCAAAAGACAGGGGUCACUGCUGGCAGGGCCGAGGACAGAGGUCACUGCUGGCAAGGCAGAAGACAGGGGUCACUGCUGGCAAGACAGAAGACAGGGGUCACUGCACAGGGCUGGAUCUAGCCUGUCUGAUGGGGGCAGAGGACGGGGUCAAUGCUGGCAGGAUAGACGAUAGGGGUCACUAAUGGCAGGGCAGAGGACAGGGGUCAUUGCUGGCAAGGCAAAAGACAUGG